AUGCGCAUUCCCUUUGGAGCGAAAGUCCUCUACUGGGCCCCGAAGAAGCAACGCAAGCCUGAACGAUCCAAGUUUUCUGGCACAGGGAUUGAAGGUAUAUUCCUUGGGUAUCACAUCCAACCUGGUUUUAUCUUCAAGCUUGAGUACGUUGAACAACUUAGCGAAGACCUGGAUGAAAUGUUCCCAGAGCUAUUUGGUCCUGAUCGUGAUAAAGAUCCUCCGCCGAAGGACGCGAAAGAAGCCACCCGCAAGGGUGAGUCAAAGUCUGAUUCCCGUGCAGCAUUGCUUGAUGAUGUUCCGUUCUCUGUGAAGCAGAAGCUGAAGUCCAGCGCAGCAGUAGCAGCGCAAGAACCACCGUAUGGUUAUACGUGGAGUGGGGAAUGUUUGGUCAAGAAGAACAACAAGAACCGCCCUAACGCUAUUGAUCAUACUGCAUGGAAGGCUAUGUCGAAAAGACAAAGAGCGACAGCAAUUGCAGAACAUGAGAAGAAGCUACAUGAGGAGAAUGAGGCACUGUAUCGUGAAGCUGUAAAGGUGGAUUGGUGGGACGGCGAAACCUACUUCGACCUCGCAGGCCGGGAACAGUCUGAUUUCGAGCUGGCAGUUGCAGCUGCCCGCAAGGGCAAGCCGGUUGGGCAUUUCAAGCUACUGAAUGUUGGUACAGCCGAACAAGUGGCGGAUGUGUUCACGAAGCCUUUCACUGAAAAGAACAAGUGGACGCAUGCCUUGAAGCUUAUUGGACAUACAACCAGCGCGAAUGUAGCCGGGUGCAAACCCGAGUCGAAGGUCGAGGUCGACAACAAGGUUUCGGUAGCAGCAGCUCCGGAUGCAUCAAAGGUUGUCGAGGACUUCGCUAAACAAUCGUUCGAGGCUAACGAUUACAGCUUCAAGACCUUCGAGAAGCUAGCUGGGCUUAUUCGUACCAAUCUCAAGGCAUCAUUGGCAAAACCGCGAUCGUUUAUGGCUUCUGAGAAUAUAUCCAAAUACUUGGUAUUCGGCGCUUGGGUCCAUGGAUUUACAUGGACUUCGUUCGUGUUCAACUUCAAUGGCAAGGCCCGCAUCCACACGGAUAAGUACAAUCAGAAAGAAUCGUACAACCUGACGUUCUCCUUCGCUGGUUCUGAUCUUCUCGACUUGCCCGAAGCGACUUCUACGAUCCCCAAGAUGGCAGCCAUCGUUGUGAGCGACGAGUUCUGCAGGGUCAACACCUCCGAAGCAGACAGGAAUGGAGUUACCAAGGCCAUGAAAACCAUUCUCCAAUCCGCCGCCCUCAACAACGGUAUCAUUUCGCUCGGCGCCGAUCAUGAGAGCCAGCUCUUGGAGUCGGCGUACAGCUGCGUAUCCACACAAUGCGCGGCUGGGGUAUCCUUGACCCAUGCCGACGCAACCUGUGUGGCUCUGCGCCAGAUGGCUGACCUCAGUGACGAGGGACUCGCCAAGUUGAAGCCAACCGCAAGGUUGAGCCCCAAGGCCAAGCGAGCCAUCAUAGUCGUGUCAGACAGCUCCACUGCACUCUGCAAGAAGAACAGGCGGGGAGUGUUCGUCAAGGCCGACUUGGAUGCGGAAGUGAACAUCGCAAGCUGGACGCUGGGAUGGGCACAGACUCGCUACACCAUGUGUUGGGGUAAAACCUUGGCGUGGAUUGUCUGGCAGGUCGAGGAGCAUGUGAAGGAGCUCCGGAGCAACUAUCCGGACCACACCAUCGACGUGAUCUGCUGGUGGUGCGGGAACGAGAUCUCCGGCCAGUGGGGCUGCAUCCCCACGCGGCUAGGACCGGGACUCGCCUACAGAGAUCCCAAUGUCACAACGGAAACCGUCGCACGGAAAGUGAGAAGGGCAGCGGAUGUUUUAGCCGCCCUCGCGGGCGAGCCGGACAUUGGUUUUGUGAAGGUGAUUGGGCAGGUGGAGGCGGACUUGUUCCAACUCCACUCAGCCUACAACGACUUCAAUGCCGCUAUGUUCGAAGAGUUCAGGCAGCGCGGUCUGCAAGUGCAAACCGCGAGCUCCUUGGCGAAAAGCUGGAAAUGUAUGACAGCUUUCACGCCAGUGAAGAGCGAAUGGCUUGCCCAGAAGGCACCCUGUGUCAGGGCUUUGCUUGUUCGCUAUGAGCACUUUGAGACUGGCUCCGGUGCCAACAACCCAGUGCUCGAGGAUGUCUUCAAGCAGUGGCGUGCGGAGAAGGACCAGCUUAUGAACCCGAAACAAGCAAAGCCAAUGCCGGUCACCCAGGAGGACAAGAUGUGGGAAGCCCCAGAUGCCGCUGACGCAACCGACGUCACUAAGAUCUCCGAGGGGCCACCCAUGGAUAAAGCCAUCCGCAAGGAUGUGCCAAGGAUCGGUGCAACCACUGAUGUUAGUGCUGUUGCGGAGUGCGUCAAUGACAUUGUCACCCAGGACGCAGAUGGUAAGGUGUCCUACAAUACCCCGGGCACGGUGGAACUGGUGGAUGAGGACGAGGACGCCGUGCGAAGGCUCAUGUUCAUUGAUGAAAGCGCCCCGCAAGGGGCUGCCACUGUGCCAGAGCUUCCGAAUGAGUACUUCUACAACGGCAAGAAGCACUUGAUGAAGCCCUUCAACCCGGAGGACAUUGUGGGAGACAGGCACGUGACAUUCAAACACGGUGACCUGAAGUUCCUCACCAAGCUGCUGCGUGGCCAUGAAAUGGACGACUUCCCUGCAUUGAUCUUUGACCGUGGGUGCUGGGCAGACGUUGACACUCUGCUCCAGGUCUUCAACACGGCACGGAACGCACGCUGGGGUGUGAGGCAGCUGCUACGCGCAGCGAAAGCCGAUAAUAAGGGACGGAUCAGACUUUUGGGCAUUGAUGUUCCCAUGAAGGACACCCUGGGUCAGCCGCUAUUCCCUGUCCGGGUGAGGAUGGCCCAAGGGCACAACUCCAAGCUCAUCGGCAAUAACCCGGACGCGGACUUCUUCCUCGCGACCAGGUUCUACAGCGGAUUGUCCGAGUACGAGGCCGACCUGCAGAGCAGCGUCAGGGGGGUCACUGUGCUCUCCCGCGAGGAUACCCCCCCGAAGCUCUUCCACCGCACGAAUGAAAAGGGAAUGAAGGGUAUCCUCCGCGAUGGUAUGAUCGCCGGCUCCGCGAGGUCAGACAGGUCCCACAACUACCUGUCCCCGUACAAGUUGGACGACACUCACUACAAGAGUGGAAUGCGCUCCAACCAGCCGAUUGAGCUGACGAUAGACACGCAGCGAGCAAUCGCCGCUGGAUGUGUUUUCUUCGUCACGGAGACCGACGGCGUCCUCACACGGGACAAUGUGCCUCCCGAUUGCGUGCUGUCCGCCAUCGACACCAGCAACAAGAACCUCCCGCUCUAUGUCGCCGAGCACAAAGAAGCCGCCCGUGAGGGUGAGCCAGAGCGCAUUUUCCGCGCCAAGCGCGACUAUGAGGAGGCCGCAGCAGCAAGCUCAUCAUCGGCACCGCCCCCAAAACAGGCGGCUAUCGCUCCCAAAGCGAUUGCUUCAAAGAAGAUGCCGAAGGUGGUUCCCAAGCCCGCCGCAAUCGCCGAGAAAGACGAAAGCAUGGACUUGGAUGAAGCCACCCGCGAGGGUGAGCCUGCUGAUGCUGCUGGUGCAUUCGACCUUGACGAAACCAAGGUUGAGGUUGAGGUUGAAGUCGAUGAAGGCGAUACAGCGGAUGCGGGUGAGGAUGAGCCUUACCCACUUGGCUCUCACCCAUGCCGCGAGUGCGCAGCAGUCGUUGCCAAUGGCAUGCUGUUCUGCCUCCGUUGCAAGGCUCCCCAGACGGAUGACUCUAAGAAAAUCACAAAGCGAGUCUUUGAGAAUUCGAGACUCCGCCAGCGCCUUCUUGCCACCGCUGCGACCGGAGCCCAGAAGCCCAUCGAUGAUCUCCUUGCGAGUGACCUUCGAGGCCUGGGCGAGGGACCAAAGAAACGUGGUCAGAUGAGCGCAGAGGCUGCCGCCAUUCGUGACGCCAAAGACCGAAAGAUCAGGGCCGCCAAGUUGAACUUUGACACCGUGUCCGACCGCUUCGAGAAGGACGCGCAGUUCAACGUGAGGAUGAUGCAAGAGGGCCGCAACUUCGAGGACAUGCAGAAAUUCGAUCACCUGUCGAACGCUGUGCUUCCCGAUCCAGGACGCAGCGAGGAGCAGCGCUACUUGCGUGCCGGCUCCCAUUAUGGUGGUGGCAACGUCCCGCCUGCGAAGUUGGUCUAUUAUGCCCACUGCGAAGUGGAGCCGUUGAGGAACUUGCGGUUUAUCGAUGAUACCGCGGAUGUCCCCAUCGGCUUGACCUACCUCGGUGCAUUCCUCCCUCCGCGACUUUAUGCUGAGGUGGCAGCAGUGAACGAUGCUGCGAAAAGGAUCCUGACUUUCGACGGCGAGGUCUAUGUGUCGGCUACCACAAUUGAAGGCAUCACAACUGAGAUCGGGCAGAUUCUUACCGAUAGCCUCCGUAGUGCUCAGAACCAGACAGACCAAACGGAACGUUUGGCAGAGCGCAAUCGCCAGGCCGCAGUCCAGAACCGCCCAUCCCAAAAGGGACGUGGUCGCACGACAGCACCUGAGCCAAUGUACAGAGGCUAUACUCAGGCCCAGUGGGACGAGUACUAUCGCCAGCGUCGUGGAGGUUACACUCAGGCCGAGUGGGAUGCAUGGAACCGAACGGUCAGGGAACACAGCAUCUCGGCCCUGGAGUUCCGAGAUGGAUUUCGCGGUGGGUGCGGGUACUAUACUGAACUUAGAACCAGGGACCACCAUCCGCAGCAUCAUGCGCAUCAGCUGGGGCUCGCUUUGGCCAAGACCGAACCAAUCAGAAGCAUCAUGAGCAUCAGCGCGGCGACUUUCACCAACGUCCCGGCCUGGGGAAUCGAAGGUUUUGCCUUGCCGGCCGACAUCAUUCAGCUUUACGUUCACAAGAACGGCUACUGGUACAACCUUUGCGGUGCCACGACAUUCUCAGCGACCUGGGACACCGGGAGCUGUCCGCUUAGACCAGCGGCGCUAACUGACAUCAUUAUCAGGCUCCAGGUCCUGAACCACCAGACCAGUGCGCUCACAUUUGUGCAAGGAGAUCAGGAGUCUGGCUUGACCGACAUCAUCACCUAUGCGCAGCCACUUCCGCAGGCCAUGGCUUCAGCGGUGGAGAAUGCAGUGUAUGGCGAAACGGAGGUUCUUGAUCUUGGUAUGAUGAUCAAUGAACAUCCGGCCAGAAUCUACAUCCAGGGAAACACCUUCCCGUCGAUCAACUCCCUGGACAUGAAGGGAGCGGCGAUACCAGGCUACAAAGCCGAGUUGGUCUCUCCCUCGGGGUGGCAAGCGUGCGAGCCGGUGGAGCUCUGUUCGAGCAUCACCUGGAAGAAUGCCUCCUAUCUCGAGUGCUUGACGAACCCCUGCCUCGACAUUACGUGUUUGCCACGUCAGCCGAAUGUGAAGCUCUACCUUGGAGAUCUCGUGGGAAACACCGAACUCCAGCAGAAGAUAGUCUUCCCCAGGCCGAUGGUGCAGAGCUACACGCCGAGAAGCUUAGAGGAUGUGGGGCUUAACAGAGUCCUGGAGUUUAGUGGUCUCUACUUCUCAGAGGAGUCCUGUCAGAGCACGCACACGGAGUCGAUCCAGUUUGUGAGCAAUGCCACAUCGACUGUCAUCACGCUGGGCGAGUUCGCUGCACCAUGCUCUCUGCAGGAGCACAACAGCACCUACAUCCGCUGUGUCAUCAAUGAUCCAGUGCGAAACGUUCGAGACCAAUCGGAUACGACAAGCCUUGUGCCGCCUGUCCUGCUGUCUUCUACGCAGACACUGGCAUGGACGCUGCGCGGAGACUGGAAGCCUAUCAACGGCGAUGACUCGGCAGGACUCUUUGCCAGUGAAGUGGACUUCGCUACGGGGGCGCGGUAUAAUGUCCCAGCUCUCGAGUUUACCGUGACGCUCCGGCCCUGUGACGCCGGUCAACGACGAAUUGGUGACUACUCCUAUGAGUGCAGAGCCUGCUCUGCGGGUCGCUGGGUGACCACAGCCGAGGCAGAGUGGCCUCUGAGAUGCAAUCCGUGCGCAAGAGGGACGUAUCAAAAUAGCGAAGGCGCAGUGAACUGCAAGGCUUGUCCCUCCAACACGGUCUCGCCUGAAGCUGCGAGCGAGAUUCAGGACUGCACCUGUUUACCUGGCUACUACUCCUCCUACUACAAUGAGACCACUGGCAGCACCGUGCCGGGCACGGCAUGCAUCGGAUGUCACGAUACGGAGCUCAUGCAGCUGCCUGACUCGGACGAGUUUUGUGGGGACAAUGGCUUCACCGUCGGAGACCUCUGCACUGCUGAGGAGGAAGAUCUUUGCGUCAACGUUGCGACGACAUCCGUCGACUUGAGGAUCUGCAAGACGUAUUGCCCUGGCGGCACAGUCUGGCCUCGGGCCAAGCGAACGUUUUGGCACUUGAGGCGCACCUCCAUCGACUCGCAGAUCACGGGUCUUGAAGCCUUUAAGCCCACGAUGCAAAGGUGUACUCCCAAGACGGCUUGCCGCCCUGGCAACGUUUGCAGCAAGGAGUAUAAGUCCUCCGCAUGCUCGGAGUGCGUUUUCGGCUACUUCAAGAAUGCCGGCACCGGCCUCUGCGACGCCUGUGGCGAGGCGCAAGUGAUCGGAAUGAUCAUUAUGGCCAUCUUUAGCGUUAUCGGCUCUUUCGGCUGCCUGGUGUUCUUCGCCUUCUUCAUGCGCUUCAAUGCAGACAUCGUCUUCAAGCGGGACAUCUUGAAGGCCGUCCAAACGUACGUCGUGGCCCCGCUGAAGAAGAGCAACGUCUUCGCAAAGGCCAAGAAGAAGUCGGAGCUCCGCAAAGCUAUCACGAUCCACAAGCAAGAGCUGGGUCUCAGCUAUAGCUACUCCAAGUACAAGGAGCUGGGCAUGGUCUUCCGGGUGGAUGAGAGCAGCGUCGUGCACCUGGCCGGUUUGAUGCCGGACUCGCCGGUUCGUGGCAAGGCGCUGGUGGGCUGGAAGCUGACGACCAUCAAUGGACGUCGGCUCAAGGUGCGGAAGGAGGCGGAGGUGCAGGAGUGGAUUAGCAGGUGCCGCUUUCCUCUCCGGCUCACGUUCUCGGCCCCCAGGAAGUCAAAAGAGCAGGAGAAGCAGGAGAUGGAGGGGCGCUCUGCCGAGGGCGUGAACUUUGAUGACGACCGGAAGAUGAUCGUCGUCAUGCUGGGCGUCCUCACGUCCUUCACGAAGGUCUCGGGUUUCGACUUCCAGUGGCCUACGAUGUUCACGGAGCUGGUGAAGAUCGCACAGAUGUUCUCUUUCAAUCUCAACUUCUUUGCUCCCGAGUGCUCCGCCGAGACGCCAUACAUAAACAAGUGGCUGGGGUUCCUCGUGAUCCCUUACUUCAUGAUCAUGCCCCUCACGGCCGCCUACAUCAUGGCGCUGAUGGCCACUUUGCCAGGUCUGGGGCCCGAGGCCUUCCAGACCAAGAAGGCCUUGCUUACCAACGCCUGGGCGCGGUGCAUCUGCAUGGUGCUCCUUGCUCUGCUUCCUUUCCACUUGGAUACGAUUCUCAUCCCCUUUGCAUGCAUCAACGCUGGGGACGGGAUCUACGUGCUCUCAGAUGUACCCAGCGUCUUCUGCAGUACGAACGACUCGACGUUUAUGACAAUGUUUAGCGUGGGAAGCUUUGCCAUGCUGGUGUUCAGUAGUGGCUUCAGUUGGCUGGUCUACUGCAUCUGGUGCAGUUACCAGUGGCAGCAGGGAUCCCGCCAUCGAGGGAUGAUACCCUUCUAUGUCGCGAUGGUGGAGGUUUCAACCUUUGGUCAGCGAGGCUACUCAGCCGAGGUCCGCGCACGAGUCAUGGAGAAUGUUUGCGCCGUGCGUUCCUUCGACGUCUCUGCAGAAAAGCUCGAGGAGCGGGAGGCUCUGACGAGAGCAAGAGACAUGCUGGGCGGACGCGCAGAUGGCCGGGCACAAGACGAGAAACAGAAGGAGAGCGAAUUAGGCCAAGAUGGCCUGCAGCAGCGUUUGGCCAUCACAAAGGCCAAGAAAAAGUUCUUGCAGAAGAAGACCUGGCCGACGAAAGCGGAUGGUAACCUGCUCACGUAUGGAUGGAUCUUUCUGGUGAACACGAUGCUCAGGAAUCUUCUCUCCAACGCUGCCAUCAAGCUCACGAGCAACAACCUGGUCGUGAUUGGAGCCGGGUGUCAGAUGCUCAUCUUUGCACUGAAUGUCACCAUGCUGGUCUGCCUCCGGCCUUACAAGUCUCAGAUGGUCGUGCAGACGGAGACGAUCCUGAUGACAGUUCUCUUCAUGGUCUUGUGGUGUGCUGUGAUGAAGGAGCUUUUGGAGCAACACCAGGAUGCAUAUCUCUACACCACCAUGAUCGAGCGUGUGAACACAGUGAUCACUGGUCUGGCGUUCAGUCUCAUGUUCACGGUGCCCUGUGUGCCGGCCUACCAGGUUUACCGGGUCGUGAAGAAGGCAGCGCAGCUCAUCACCGGCCCAGAUGCCAUUCUCAAUGAGAUCUACAUGACGGCGCACAUGAGGAAGGUGACAAGGCGAAAAGAGGCAGAGAUGGCAGCACUCAACAAGUUGGCAGACAAGGAAGUCGACACAGAUGAAAAACGAGAGAUGCUGGCCAGUGUCGGUCUCAUUAUGCCUCAUUUGGACAGCACGCUGCAGCGCUUCGAAGAGGCGGGAUUGGGCAAGUACGUCCUCCCCGAUGUGCAGAAGCGCUACAUGUUGCGCCUUGGGAAGCUAACAGCCAAGAUCAACCAGGAGCGCGUCCUCAAGAGGGAGCUCGAGGAGGCUGGCUUGGAGGCCCAGCGCUACAGAGAGGAGGCUGAGAGGGCAGCAGCUGCGCAUGCGGCACUGUUCCAGCAGAAUGCAAGCGAAGAGGAAAUCGAAGAGGCGCGACGGGCAGCUGAAGCCGCCGAAGUCUUCGCAAUGCAGGCUGAGAAUCGGCUGACGCAGGUCCGAAAGACCCGACAGACCAGGAUGACUGAGUACAAGCAAGCCAACGCCAUCAUCGAGGAGGUGCAGAAGCAGGAAAGCCUCCGCCAGACGCGCCGAACGAUGCGCCAGACCCUGGCUGUCAGGCAGAUGUCGAGCAUGGAAGAGGUCGAGGAAGAGGAGGAGAAGGAGCAGUUCGACGAGAAGGAGGAGAACUUCGAGGAUGUGUCCGAAGAAAAGAAGUUCGAAGAGAUGGAGAAGGGCGAGACGAGGGUCUGA